AUGCAGCCACAGGUUUCUCCUACAAACAACAGGUCUCCUAAUCAGUCUACCUCUAGUGAUCAAGAUAGAGCUGGACCAUCAGAGCUCCAAUCAUUUUCAGAGUCUCUAAAGUCUAGACUAAAUGCUGUCUCAAUGAGAUACAAAGAAUCAAUAUCAAAGAACACAAGGAGCUGGAAAGAUAGAUUCUUUUCACGCAGCACGUCCAUGGCAGAUAUUGGCUCUGAGGUUAAAAGAGAGGUCAGUGCGGGGAUCGCCACUGUGUCACGCUUGAUGGAACGUUUAGAAACGAGAGAAAACGGUACUAGACCAGGCACUGAAUCUGUAUCAGAAAACAACACUAAUGCUGAAUUAAACAAUGAGCAUAGUAGAAGAUAA